CUAAUAUUUGGACUCAGAGGGACGCUGUUGGCUAACAGUAUGAUGCUGGGGAAGGAUGGCCAUCUUGGAAAAUAGUUCCUCCUCCUCCAUUUUUAUAGGAACAGCGGAGGAGAAACACGCAAACAGAUCUGUCUUCUAUAACGCGUUAUCUUUGUAACAAGUGCGGAUAUUAAAUGCGUAUUAGUUUUCUUACCAAGCAGCAAUUAUGGCUCUACAAGAUAUACCAUGGAUUUUACUCGCUCUACCAUCAUCCACGUCGAAGUUGUUGAAGAGAGGAAUAUCACGGCAAAUCCUUUUGUUCAUGUCGGUCACCUUACUGAGCUCAGUACUCGGACAAGUCAGUUAUUCCAUCAAGGAGGAGAUGCCAAAAGGCUCCGUUGUGGGAAAUAUUGCUCAGGAUUUGGGACUGGAAUUGAGAAGGCUCCAGGCAGGUAAAGCUCGUGUUUUUACCGGGGACAGCAAAGAGUACAUCGAGCUGAACAAAGAAAGGGGAGCGCUCGUCGUCAAAGAGAGGAUAGACAGAGAGGCAUUAUGCGGACAGACAACGCCUUGCGCUCUCGACUUUCAGAUUAUAUUGCAGAAUCCGAUGGAGUUAUACAGAAUAACAGUUGAGAUUACGGAUGUAAAUGAUAACGCCCCAACAUUUAAAAACAAUGAAAAACGUAUUGAAAUCAGCGAAACUGCUGUGAUAGGCUCGAAAUUUGUCUUAGACAAAGCGAUGGAUUUAGACAUAGGCAUCAAUGGUCUCCAGACAUACACAUUAAAACCGACGGAUAAUUUCGUGUUGAAACUGCAUAGUCAGGCUGAUGGGAGCAAAAAGGUGGAAAUGGUUUUACAGAAACCUUUAGAUCGAGAGAAAGAGGAAAACAUGGCGCUCCUUCUGACUGCUAUGGAUGGUGGUGAGCCCCUUAUGUCGGGGACAGUGCAGAUAUACAUCACCGUGUUAGAUGCCAAUGAUAAUGCUCCUGUGUUUACUAAGCCUGUAUAUAAGAGUGUAAUACCAGAAAAUGCAAAGAAGGGAACAUCGGUUACCUCAGUCAGUGCAACUGAUGUCGAUAAAGGGAGUAAUGGAGAAGUUAGUUAUAUUAUUUCAAACAGCCUCGAUGGGGUUUCUGAAUUGUUCCACAUAGAGGAAAAUGGCGACAUUAUUUUAGAUGGGGAGUUAGACUACGAAACGGCCAAAUAUUAUCAGAUCGAUGUAGAAGCUGUAGAUAAAGGUGGAUUGUCAGAUUCCAGUAAGGUUAUAGUGGAUGUCACUGAUGUAAAUGACAACAGCCCUGUAAUUACAAUUAUUUCUCAAUCUGUUUCAGUAAAUGAAGAUUCUCCCAAGGGUACAGUCAUAGCUAUGGUUAGUGUUAAUGACCCGGAUUCAGACACAAACGGAGAAGUGGAAUGUGAAAUGAAUGGUGACAUUCCUUUUUCUAUCACAUCCACCUCGAAUGGGUUUUACAGUGUAGUUACGGACAGUGCACUAGAUCGCGAAGCAGACUCAGAUUAUAAUAUUACAGUGACGUGCUCUGAUAACGGUAGUCCACCCCUGUCUAGUUAUAUCACGCUCCAGUUACAGAUUACAGAUGUUAAUGAUAACGCACCUGUGUUUGAAAAGAGCUCGUAUGAAGCGUCUAUUGUUGAAAACAACUCCCCAGGCCUCUCUGUCUUCGCAGUUAGGGCUGUUGACGCAGACUGGAAGCAGAAUGCCCGUGUGUCUUAUAUUCUAGACGAGAGUAUGAUUAAUGGUGUCGCCAUCUCUUCCUACGUGUCAGUUAAUGCUGAGAGUGGGGUCAUACACGCAGUGCGCUCUUUUGAUUACGAACAGAUAAAGGACUUUCAGUUCCGCGUCAAGGCCCAAGAUGGAGGCUCUCCUCCGUUAAUCAGUAAUGUAAGCGUUAAAAUAGUCAUACAAGACCAAAAUGACAACGCACCGCAGAUCCUGUAUCCUGUACAGACAAGCAGCUCUGCAGUGGCAGAAAUUGUGCCUCGUUCAGCCGAUAUAGGCUAUCUGGUCACUAAAGUGGUGGCUGUAGAUGUGGACUCUGGUCAGAAUGCCUGGCUCUCUUAUAAACUACAGAAAGCGACAGACAGGGCUCUGUUUGAAGUCGGUGCGCAAAAUGGAGAGAUAAGGACCAUUCGGCAGGUCACUGACAAGGAUACAGUGAAACAAAAACUCACUGUCAUUGUGGAGGACAACGGACAGCCCUCUCGCUCUGCUACAGUAAAUGUCAACGUGGCUGUUGCUGACAAUUUUCCCGAAGUGCUUUCUGAAUUCUCUGACUUUACGCACGACAGGGAGUACAAUGACAACCUGACUUUUUAUCUCGUUCUGGCUCUCGCUGUCGUGUCGUUCCUAUUCGUGGUUUCUCUGAUAGCCAUACUGUCAGUCAAGUGCUACAGGUGGAGACGUGACCGGAUGUUUUAUAAAUCAAAUGGACAGCUCCCGGUUAUUCCAUACUAUCCACCGCUUUACGCAGACGUGGGAGGCACUGGCACGCUGCAACACGUGUACAACUAUGAGGUGUGCCGCACCACUGACUCCCGGAAGAGUGAUCUGAAAUACAGCAGACCAUCUAGCGAGAGUAUUAUCAGUCUGGAUACUAGAGGAACUCUGUCAUUACGGAAAGCGCAGAGGCCAAACGUGGGAAUGGAAGAUGAGACUCAGAGGGACGCUGUUGGUUAG